CAAAACCCUUACUCCACUCGUUACUCUUAACAACAAACAGCUAUUUAUCCCAAAUAUUCAUCACCUUCUAGAAACACUAAAAAUGACCUUGUAAAUCGCUAUAAAACUCUCUAUAAAAGAAACCAAAUUAUUAGUAUUUCCUUAGAUUCUUGAAUUCUUCUUCUUCUUCUUGAAAAUCAUCAUGUCUGGAUCAAUGAGAGCUACAGAAGCACAAUCAGUAGGGAGAACAUCAAGUUUAAGAUCAGCAAGUAAAACUAUGUUUCAGAGAGGUGACAGUGUCUUUGUUAAUUCCGCUAGUACCCGAAGGAAUUAUGAAGAUGAGGAUGAUCUUCAAUGGGCUGCAUUAGAGAAGUUACCAACUUAUAAUAGACUCAAUAUAUCUUUAAUGAAGAAUAAUAAUCAUGAUGGUGAGAAAUUUCAACAUGUUGAUGUUAGAAGUGUAUGUAUUGAUGAUCGACAACAACUUCUUAAUCGAUUAGUUCACAUUAUUGGUGUCGAUAAUGAGUUUUUCAUAGCCAAGUUACGAGAAAGAAUUGAUCGAGUUGGGAUUAUAUUACCGGAAGUUGAAGUUCGGUAUAAUCAUCUUAACGUUGAUGCUGAUGUUUAUGCUGGUGGAAGAGCAAUGCCAACAUUACUCAAUUCAACUCUAAACUUAAUUGAGAGUAUGAUAAGUUCUCUUCCCAUGUAUAAGAGCAAGAAGAAACCAGUCAAAAUUCUCAAUGAUGUCAGUGGUAUUAUCAGACCAGGAAGAUUGACUCUACUUCUCGGUCCACCGGGAUCUGGAAAGACAAGUCUAUUAUUGGCACUUACUGGAAAACUUGAUAAGGAUCUUAAGGUUUCUGGAAGUGUUACAUACAAUGGACACACCAUGAAAGAAUUUGUUCCACAGAGAACAUCAGUUUACAUUAGUCAACAUGAUGUACAUAAUGGAGAUAUGACUGUAAGGGAAACUCUAGAUUUUUCGGCUCGUUGUCAAGGCGUAGGAUAUAGACAAGAUGUUCUUACUGAACUAGCAAGAAGAGAGAAACAUCAUUGUAUUAAGCCAGACCCGGAUAUCGAUUUCUUUAUGAAGGCAGUGACAGUUCAAGGGCAAAAGUCGAGCAUUGUGACUGAUUAUGCAUUGAAGAUGCUAGGGCUAGAUGUAUGUGCUGACACAAUGGUUGGGGAUGAUAUGAGAAGAGGAAUUUCAGGGGGGCAGAAGAAACGAGUGACGACUGGUGAAAUGAUUGUUGGUCCUUCAACAGCUGUUUUCAUGGAUGAAACCUCAACAGGUCUUGAUAGUUCCACGACAUACCAAAUUGUCAAGUGCCUCAAGCAUUUCAUCCAUGUCUUCCAAUCAACAACUGUAAUCUCUCUACUCCAACCUGCACCAGAAACCUUCGCUCUCUUCGAUGAUGUGAUCCUUAUCUGUGACGGGAAGACAGUUUACCAUGGCCCAAGAGACUCAAUUCUUGAAUUCUUCGAGAUGAUGGGUUUUAAAUGUCCUGAAAGAAAAGGAGUAGCUGACUUCCUGCAAGAGGUGACUUCGAAGAAAGAUCAAGAACAAUAUUGGUAUAAUAAGGAGCAACAAUUUCGUUAUAUCUCGGUUGACGAAUUGUGCCUUGGAUUCUGGUCAUUCCAUGUAGGGAAAGAUUUACAAGCUUCUCUCGAUGUUCCUUACGACAAAUCAAUGUGUCAUCCAGCUGCUCUGGUAAAACAGAAGUAUGGACUAACCAACAAAGAACUCUUUGAAGCAUGUUUCGACCGUGAAGUUCUGCUUAUGAAGAGAAGCGCAUUCAUAUACGUCUUCAAAAUCAUACAGAUUACGGUAGUUGCAGCAAUAACCAUGACAGUUUUCCUAAGAACAGAGAUGAAUCACAACACUGCACAAGGCGCACAGAAUUAUAUGGGUGUUCUUUUCUUUGGACUAGUGAACAAUAUGUUUAAUGGACUGGCUGAAUUGCAAAUGACAAUUGCAAGGUUGCCAGUUUUUUACAAGCAGAGGGAUGCAAUGUUCUUCCCUUCGUGGGCAUACACACUUCCAACAUUUAUCGCAAGAAUACCCAUUUCACUAAUGGAAUCUUCUGUUUGGGUGCUUCUCACAUACUACACAACUGGAAUGGCACCUAGUCCAGAGAGGUUCCUUCGUCAGUUGCUUCUAAUGUUCUACCUACACCAAAUGUCACUAUCGCUCUUCCGCUUCAUUGCAGCAGUUGGACGUACCCUAGUUGUUGCAAGUACAUUUGGUGCUUUUGCUCUACUGGUUUUUUUUGUUUUAGGUGGUUUUGUAGUCUCCAGAGAGGACAUAUAUAGCUGGUGGAUUUGGGGAUACUGGACAUCUCCUCUAUCGUAUGCCCAAAAUGCAAUUUCCGUAAAUGAGUUUUUGGCAACUAGAUGGGGCACGGGAGGAGAAACUAUUCUCAAGCUUAGGGGAUUAUUUACAGAUGAAAGCUGGUAUUGGAUAGGAAUUGGAGUCCUGGCAGCAUACAACAUUCUCUUCAACGUCUUAUACACUGUAGCACUCACAUAUUUAAAUCCUCUUGGUAAGCGUCAAGCAUCUAUCUCUGAGGAGGAUAAAGCCAGUAAUGGGGAGCAAAGUGUGAAGAAGAGACAACCAAACAUCAAAGUCCAAGAUUCUGGUGAGAAUAAGAUGACUGAGAAGAAAGGAAUGGUGCUUCCAUUUAAACCCCUGGGCAUGGCAUUUGAAAAUGUGAAUUACUACGUUGACAUGCCAGCUGAAAUGAAAGAUCGGGGGUUUCCUGAGGACCGUCUCCAACUUCUACAAGGAGUAACUGGAUCUUUUAGGCCAGGUGUUCUAACAUGUUUGAUGGGUGUCAGUGGUGCUGGGAAAACGACUCUAAUGGAUGUUUUAGCAGGAAGGAAAACAGGUGGUUAUAUUGAAGGAUCGAUCACCAUCUCAGGAUAUCCAAAGAAGCAGGAAACAUUUUCACGUAUUAGCGGGUAUUGUGAACAAAAUGACAUUCAUUCUCCCAACCUUACUGUGUAUGAAUCCCUUCUCUAUUCAGCGUGGCUCCGUCUUCCUUCCAAUGUUGACAUAGAGACAAGAGAGAUGUUUGUGCAAGAGGUGAUGGAGUUGGUAGAAUUGAACAGCCUGAAGGAUGCAAUAGUAGGUGUCCCAGGAGUUUCAGGGCUUUCAACAGAACAGAGAAAGCGAUUGACUAUUGCUGUUGAACUUGUUGCCAACCCUUCAAUUAUAUUUAUGGACGAACCAACAUCAGGUUUAGAUGCUCGAGCUGCAGCCAUAGUUAUGCGAACUGUCAGAAACACGGUAGACACGGGCAGAACCGUUGUGUGCACCAUUCACCAACCCAGCAUUGAUAUUUUUGAAUCUUUUGAUGAGUUAUUACUCGUGAAACGUGGAGGGCAAGUGAUCUAUGCAGGUCCGCUUGGAAAACACUCUCAAGAACUACUAGACUACUUCGAAAAACUUGAUGGAGUCACUAAAAUAACACCUGGAUACAACCCAGCAACAUGGAUGUUGGAGGCUAGUUCAGUGGGUUCAGAAAAUCUGCUUGGUGUAGAUUUUGCAGAAAUUUAUUCUAAAAGCUCUCUCCAUCAAAGAAACAAAGAAAUGAUAGAGAACUUGAAGAAACCAAUCCCAGGAUCAGAAGAUAUCCAUUUUAAGACCAAAUUUUCCCAGCCAUUCUGGGUUCAAACUAAAGCUUGCCUCUGGAAGCAACACUGGUCUUACUGGAGGAACCCGGAAUAUAAUGCCAUCCGCUUUUUCUUCACUGUCAUUUGUGCUCUCCUUUUUGGAAGUAUAUUUUGGCAAAUGGGUGGUAAAAUUGAGAAGCAACAAGAUUUUCUAAAUGCUAUGGGAUCAAUGUUCACUGCGGUUACCUUCCUUGGUGUCAACAGUGCCUCGUCAGUGCAGCCAGUAGUAGGCAUAGAGAGAAGUGUUUUCUAUAGAGAGCGAGCAGCAGGCUUGUAUUCUGCUCUUCCUUAUGCUCUGGCCCAGCUGUUAGUGGAGUUGCCCUACAUAUUGGUGCAGGCUGUCGUGUAUGCACUCAUCGUUUAUUCCACACUUGGAUUCCAGUGGACUAUCGCAAAGUUCUUAUGGUUCUUCUUCUUCAUGUUCUUCACCUUCUUAUACUACACAUACUAUGGGAUGAUGACAGUUGCUUUGACUCCCAAUGCAACCUUAGCCGCAGUCGUGGCUGCAGCUUUCUAUGGAGUUUGGAUGCUCUUUGCUGGUUAUCUGAUCCCUAAAACAAGCCUCCCGGUGUGGUGGAGAUGGUAUUACUGGGGAUGCCCUGUUGCCUGGACACUCAACGGAUUAGUGACUUCCCAAUUCGGAGAUAUGACCACUUCCUUGUUAACAUACGAUGGAUUGGAAGUCCCGUUGAAGGAAUUUCUGAAAACUUCAUUUGGCUUUCACCAUGAUAUGCUACCUGUUGUAGCAUGUGCCACUGCCGGCUUUGCUCUUCUCUUUGCAUUGGUCUUUGCCUUCUCUAUUCGCUCUCUUAAUUUCCAAACUAGGUGAGGCGGCAGAAAACAAGUGCACCCCUCAGAUGUAAAGCACAAUGUAGUUGAAUUUUGUAGGUUAUUAUUCAUUUUUCCUCUUCCUGUCCGAUUCUAUCAUACUGUCUUCCAGUUUUCUGUUGCAAUUAAAA